AUGCCUAAUAGACAAGCUGAUGACAAUGAUUCAGAAAUUCUUAGAAUUCACUCUAACGCCAUCACUGUUCUCAGCUCUAGAGCUCAACCCGCAAGAUCCUCCUUGGAAAGUCAAAACGAGGUGCCUUCAAUUUUUUAUAAUCUCACUCCCCUACUUUUCCAGAUUUUUAAAUGCAUUGGAUUAAAAACUGUUAAGGAGUGCCUAGAUGGGUUUAAUUGCAGCAUUUUUGCCUACGGUAUGACAGGAACUGGAAAGACGUACACCAUUUUUGGCACAAAGAACUGUCCCGGCCUCGUUCCGCAUUGCUGCAAUGCUCUCUUUGAAUCGGCGCUACAUAGGGUACCGAAUGAUACGUUUUUGGAAAUAAGUUGUUUUGAAAUCUACAAUGAACAUGUAUACGAUCUCCUAGCCAACUCCACGGAAGACGAAGUUGAAAAGGUCUCUUUACGAGUUCGUGAGCAUCCAAGUCAUGGACCUUACGUGGAAAAUCUCUCGAAACAUGCCGUUUCACAUUUGGCUGACGUUCAACGCCUCAUAGAUCGUGGAAUGGCCUUAAGUUGUACCAGAGCAACGGCUGAAACCCUUGCAAACCCAAAGAGCAGUCGAAGUCAUUCAGUUGUCACAAUCUAUAUUAAUCAGAAUGUCAAAAGCAGCUCGGGGGUCGUAGCACUUCAGUCAAAGCUGCAUCUAAUUGACCUUGCUGGCAGCGAAAAAAUCCAACACACCCGAAGCCCAUGCUACAUGUCGGAAACAAAAAGUAUUAACAAAUCUCUCUGCACUCUAAGCCUCGUAAUUCGAAGACUAGCUGAUAUGGCAAAAGAAGAGGCUUUGAAUGCUCCACAUUCCUCCCCAAGUAGUCCAUCAUCCUUGAAUCAUCUGCCGAUGCAAUCAACAAGGCGACAGAGAAUCUACGUACCAUAUAGGGACUCCAAAUUGACUUGGCUUUUACGAGACUCGCUUGGUGGACACUCCAAAACAGCCGUUAUCGUUACUGUAUCUUCAUCCGAAAUUUGUCGACAGGAGACGCUACGCUCCCUCCGUUUUGCUCAGCGAAUCAGAAUGAUUAAAAACCACCCAAUCAGCAACAAGGUGGGCAACUGUUCAAUCAACCAAUCAUCUCUUUCCGCCUUCUGGAAGGAUAUCAAUGGAGACAGCCUCGAUCGUCUCAAGGGCGAGGUUGGUGGAUGGAGGAAGGUGGGGAAAACCGAGUUGAUUAAAGUGUGA